CCCCCGGGGGAGGGGUCAGGAGCACCGGCCCUAUUUAUUGAUCUGUCCGCUCGGAGGCACACGACAGUGAACGCUGAGCCUCACACACGAACAGACACGGUCCAUGAUGGAGCACCCACCCCUGGGAAACAUGGAGUUUGAGAUACCGUUUGACAUCUUUGACAACAGUAGUGACAACAGCUCGGAGGAGUCUGGAGACUUUGACCUGGACUUCCAGGAGCCAUGUGGCACCACGCUCAGCAACGACUUCAACAAGAUCUUCCUACCCACAAUUUAUGGAAUAAUAAUUAUUCUGGGAAUCAUCGGCAAUGGAUUAGUUAUUGUUGUCAUGGGUUGCCAGAAAAAGGUCAAAACGAUGACGGACAAGUACCGGCUCCACCUCUCCGUGGCUGACCUCCUGUUCGUCCUCACGCUGCCCUUCUGGGCCGUGGAUGCAGCCAGCAGCUGGCACUUUGGAAGUUUCCUCUGUGUGUCCGUGCACAUGAUCUAUACUGUCAACCUGUACAGCAGCGUGUUGAUCCUGGCCUUCAUCAGUCUUGACAGAUACUUGGCAGUUGUGCGGGCUACCAACAGCCAAGCCACGAGGAAGCUGCUUGCGACCAGAGUGAUCUAUUUGGGUGUGUGGCUGCCUGCAGCUGUGCUGACCGUACCCGACCUGGUCUUUGCCAGGGUGCAGAGCACGGGGUCUUCAAACUUCCUCUUCGCAGAUGAGUACCUGAACAGCGCCGACUCCAGGACCAUCUGCCAGCGCAUCUACCCGGAGAAAACCAGUCUCACGUGGACAGUCGUUUUCCGUUUCCAGCACAUCCUGGUGGGCUUCAUCCUGCCCGGGUUGGUCAUCCUCAUCUGCUAUUGCAUCAUCAUUGCAAAGCUGUCACAAGGCACCAAGGGUCAAGUGCUGAAGAAAAAAGCCCUGAAGACCACGGUCAUCCUCAUCCUGUGUUUCUUCUCCUGCUGGCUGCCCUACUGUAUUGCCAUCUUUUUGGACACCCUCAUAAUGCUGAACGUGGUCCCCUCCUCUUGUGACCUGCAGCAAGCGGUGGAGAAGUGGAUUUCUAUAACUGAGGCGCUGGCCUAUUUUCACUGCUGCCUGAACCCCAUCCUCUACGCCUUCCUGGGAGUUACGUUUAAGAAAUCAGCCAGAAGUGCACUCACAGUCAGCAGCAGAUCAAGUCAGAAAGUGACUCUCAUGACGAAAAAGCGAGGGCAAAUAUCAUCAGUGUCAACCGAGUCCGAGUCCUCAAGUGUUUUGUCAAGUUAACACACAGUCAAACUCAGAUUCUGUGACUUGAUGCUCUCAGGAGAGAAGAAAACUAAGCUUUAAUCUCAAAGAACUUACUACAUUUUUGUACAGAUGUAAAAAGAAAAAAAAGAGUUUUUAUACGUUUGGAUUUGUUUGCCUUGUUUACUGCAUUGUGUGUCUUGUAUGGGUUUUGUAUUGCAUUUUUUAUGCAAGUCUUAUGCUCCUCAAAGCAGAUUGUGUCCUCAGGCAGAGCCUCAUUUCCGUUCAUUCAGCUUUACAAUCAAGAUCCAUUUUCCCUGUUUUCAGCUUUACAGUUCGUGUUGCUGCAUCAAAGCUCAGGCAUACAAUGCCCUUUUCUAUUUUCAGGGAUGGUAGCUGCUCUUGGAAACUUGUACAUAGUUUGUAGCAUUUGUGUGUUCGCACUUAAGUCGUGUGAUUAUGUGAAAGAUUUAUUUAUUGUCGUUACUCACACUGGAAGUUUUGUAAAAGACAAAGAAACUGCAUGCUGCUUUUUUACAUUUACAUUUUGUUCUGUUUUUUUUAUGUAAAAAUAAAAAAUUCAACUCUCA